CCACUCGUGCCAGCGUCGAGCGGAGUUCAGCGCGCGGAGAGAGUUCCGUUAUGUCGUUAAGAUCCACGAGCGCGUCCUUCGCUAUAGUAGGGUUAGAUGCGCUGUCGAGGAGCUGAAGAUGGGCAGACAUACUGUUCCUCAAACCAUGAUCAGUUAAGAAACUCUGAUAUUGGCGGACGAGCUCGUUAAAAUGGCGAGGGACUUCACCACGACGAGUCUGAGUAACAUCGACCUCGCCUCUUUACGGGACCCCGCGGGGAUCUUCGAGCUCAUCGAGGUGGUCGGCAAUGGCACCUACGGACAGGUUUACAAGGGUCGACAUGUGAAGACAGGGCAGCUGGCAGCCAUCAAGGUCAUGGACGUGACAGAGGACGAGGAGGAUGAGAUCAAGCUGGAGAUCAACAUGCUGAAGACUCACUCCCAUCACAGGAACAUAGCCACGUAUUACGGUGCCUUCGUGAAGAAGAGUCCUGCGGGUCAGGACGACCAGCUGUGGCUGGUGAUGGAGUACUGCGGCGCCGGCUCGGUCACAGACCUGCUGAAGAAGACUAAAGGGAGCUGUCUGAAGGAGGACUGGAUCUCUUAUAUCUGCAGGGAGGUGCUGAGAGGUCUCUUACACCUGCACUCACAUCAUGUGAUUCAUCGAGAUAUUAAAGGACAGAACGUGCUGCUGACGGAGAACGCUGAGAUCAAGCUGGUGGAUUUUGGCGUCAGCGCUCAGUUAGACCGGACGAUUGGCCGAAGAAACACGUUCAUCGGGACGCCGUACUGGAUGGCUCCGGAGGUGAUCGCGUGCGAUGAAAACCCUGACUCCACCUACGACUACAGGAGCGACGUGUGGUCUCUGGGAAUCACCGCUUUAGAGAUGGCCGAGGGAGCUCCACCCUUGUGUGACAUGCAUCCCAUGAGAGCGCUGUUCCUCAUUCCACGAAACCCUCCUCCCAAACUCAAGUCCAAGAAAUGGUCUAAGAAGUUUCAGACGUUUGUAGACAGCUGUCUGGUGAAGAACUACCUCCACCGGCCGUCCACAGAGACGCUGCUGCGCCACUCCUUCAUUAAAGACCUUCCUAACGAGAGACAGGUGCGCAUCACGCUCAAAGACCACCUGGACCGAACCAGGAAGAGGAGACGGGAGAAAGAAGGGACAGAAUAUGAGUACAGUGGCAGUGAAGAUGAAGAAGAUGCCUUGAAUGAAGAUGAAGGUGAACCCAGCUCUAUAGUCAACCUUCCCGGAGAGUCCAUGUUGAGACGGGAGUUCCUGCGUCUGCAGCAGGAGACACACACACAAACACACCUGCUCCAGCAAACACACAACCAGGACAACUACAAGAGACAGCUGCUGGCCGACCGACACAAGAGGAUCCAGCAGCAGCAGGAGGAGCGGCGCCGCCUCGAAGACCAGCAGGAACGGCUCUUACACCAGACCGGACUCCAGUGGCCGGAGCUCCAGGAGAUGAUAUGGCAGGAAGAGACUGACCUUACCGAGAAAACCAGAAGAAACCAGAAGAAACAGCCCCGAGACGAGGAACCUCUCAGGACCGAUCCUGAAUCAGCGGCGAGCCGGAGAGCCCAGCGCACUCUUCCCAGGGACCAGCCUCAAGACACACGGCUCGACGGGCUGGCAGGUAAACUGGAGUCGCUGGAGGCUCAUCUGGUCAAUCUGAACAAUCUAGCGGUGAGGAUUCCUCAUGUUCAGUCCCGUCUGGGGUCAGGGAGCAACUCCAGCCCGUGUACUCCAGCACUCCCGAGAGCAGCCAAACUGCCGAGCGUGAGUGUGUGUCCUGGUCGAGAGCUUCAUCACAGCAGCUCCAUGACGGACGUCUCAUCUGCUCCUCUGUCUCCAGCGCUCGAUGAAGUCUUCUUCAGCCCCGACGAGCAGCCGCCCAAGAUUCCAGAGCGCACGACAUCGAAGUUCAAGGAUGGCGUGAGUCCUCACAGAUACGGGUCCAGUGGAGAUGCUCCGUCUGCCGUGAUGAAGAUGUCCUUCGGCUCCAGCAGCAGCUCACAGUCAGGUCACUGCGUGCCGGACAGCAGGAACGCUCAGACCUCGCCACACAACCAGGGUUUGGGAGUGAAGUCUCCGUUCAGUCCCUUAAAGAAGCUUGCAGAGUAUUCUUCGUCCAGUGAUGAAGAUGAGGAGAGGACCAGGUCUCCGUUGAGCAAUGGCAGGUCGCCGUUAUCCAGAGGAGAGUCUGCUGAGAUCGUUCUCCAGCCUCAUCACAGCGUGAAGCAGCAGAGUGCAGCAAAGCCAACACACAGCGUCUAUCAGAGGCCUGCAGGACCAGAGUCCAGCGACGGAUGCUUUCUGCCUGACCUGCUGCACAAGAGCCCCUCACAUCAGCAGAGCGCUCAGCACGUACGAAUAUUCUCCAGUAAUCAGGCGGGAAAAAGCGUGUCAUCGUCCUCUUCCUCAUUCUCACCUUUCAUUGACCCGCGUUUGCUGCAGAUCUCUCCACCUCUGAGUCCACAGGGAUACGGCCAGCGUGAGUCCCUCGCCACGCCUGUGUUGAAUGGUAGGUGUGAUCCAUGUGUUAGACAGCCUCACAGGAAGGGCUCGGUGGUGAACGUCAACCCCACCAACAUCCGUCCUCAGAGCGACGCCCCAGAGAUACGCAAGUACAAGAAGAAGUUCAACGCUGAAAUCCUUUGUGCCAGUCUGUGGGGUGAGACGCUGAUGUGAUAUUAAUAAAGACCACCUGCAUCUUCUUGCAGAAAUUAAGUGUAACACAAAACAAGAAAUCAAAGUGAAAUGAAAUUAACUCGACAUACACUAAUAUUGCCAAAAGUAUUCGCUCAUCCAUCCAAAUAAUCAGAAUCAGGUGUUUCAAUCACUUCCAUGGCCACAGGUCUAUAAAAUCAAGCACCUAGGCAUGAAGCGUUCGGGAACGACAGCAACGGAGAGGAGCGGGGUCAGCGGAUGCUGGGGUGUAUAGUGUGAAGAGGUCGCCUACUUCCUGCAGAGUCUUUCAGAUUAACUCAAGAACAGUGCGAGAGCUUCAUGGAAUGGGUUUUCAUGAGCGAGCAGCUGCAUCCAAGACAUACAUCACAGAGUGCAAUGCAAAGCAUCGGAUGCAGUGAUGUAAAGAACACGUUCUCUGGAGUGAAGAAUCACGCUUCUCCAUCAGGCAAUCUGAUGGACGAGUCUGGGUUUGGGGGUUGCAGGAGAAGGGUACUUGUCUGACUGCAUUGUGCCAAGUGUAAAGAUGAAGGAGGGGGAUUAUAGUGUGGGAGCUGGGCCUGGUCCCUUAGUUCCAGUGAGAGGAACUCUGAAUGCUUCAGCAUACAGUUCCACGCUCCCAACGUUGUGGGAACAGUUUGGAGCUGACCCCUUCCUCUUCCAGCAUGACUGUGCACCGGUGCACAAAGCAAGGUCCAUAAAGACAUGGAUGACAGAGUCUGGUGUGGAUGAACUUGACUGGCCUGCACAGAGUCCUGAUCUCAACACUAUAGAACACCUUUGAGAUGAAUCAGAGCGGAGACUGAGAGCCAGGUCUUCUCGUCCAACAUCAGUGUGUGACCUCACAAAUGCUCUUCUAGAAGAAUGGUCAAAAAUUCCCAUAAACACACUCCUAAACCGUGUGGACAGUCUUCUCAGAAGAGUUGAAGGUGUUAUAGCUGUAAAGGGUGAACCGACGUCAUAUUGAACCCUGUGGAUCAGGAAUGGGAUCAUAUGCAGGUCAAGGCAUGCGAGCAAAUACUUCUGGCAAUAAAGUGUAUCUCAGUUAUAAAACCUACUCAAUAAAGAAGCUUUAUUGCACAAUUUGUUUGAUUAUUACAAAAUGCAGCUGAUAUGAUGUUUGGGUAAUACUUUAUUUUAAGGUUUCAUAAUACAGAGUAAUUACCUAAUUAGGUACUUAAGCCAUUGUACCUAAAUGAAAUAAGAUGUACUUAUCAUGUAACUAGGUUAUGGAACAGCCUGUAAUUACAGUUUGUAAUUAUGUAGAUGUAACAUGCAGCUACUGUUAAACGUAUGUUACAGACAUAACUACUUACUAGUAUGUAACUACUUACACUUAAGUACAAUCUGGAAACUCUUUAAGUAGCUUAUGCCGUUGUUAUAUUCUGCAAUUGUAAUGUAAUUAGAAAUGCAUUAGAUACAUUUAAGGUGUGUUUUCUAAAACACAGUUACACGGUAAGCACAUUUUAAUGUAAGUACAACGGAAUGUUACACUUUUAUCCUCUAAAUGAGUUAAUUUCAGACUUGAUGCCUGCUACAGGUCUCAGGUUGGCACAGGGGCAACAAAUGACUGAAAAACAAGACAUUUAGUAAAGAUUCAUCUGGAUGAACAUCUCACUAAUUAAGUUAAUUGACAUCAGGUCAGAGUCUCUCAGAAUUAAAGAUGGACAGAGACUCUCCAAUCUGUGAAAAAGUGUGACAAUAUUGUGGAAUACUUUAAAAACGUUCCUUAAUGUCAGAUUGCAUAGACUUUGCAAUCUCAUCAUCUACAGUGCAUAACACCAUCAAAAGAUUCAGAGAAACUGGAGAAAGGAUGAAGAUCUUGGAUGUUUGUGGUCUUCAGGUCUCAGAUGACACUCAUCACAUGAUUCUGUCAGACAUUACUGAAUGAGCCCAGGAAUUCUUCCAGAAACCUCUGUUGGUAAACACAAUCCUCAGAGCCGUCUGCAGAUGACAACUACAGCUCUGUCGUGAAAGGAGGCCUCCUGUGUGAACACGGUCCAGAAGCGUGUUCGUGUUCUGUGGGUCACGACUCUUUUACAGUAGACUGUUUCAAAGUGGACAUAUUUGCUAUGUUCAGACGAGUCCAAAAUUGACAUUGUUGUUGGAAGUCACAGAUGUGUCCUCCAGGCUAAAGAAGAGGAGAUCUUCAGAGUGUUGUCAUUGUUCAGAUGUCUGAUGGUAUGGAAGUGUUGUGCAAGUUACUUCCACACAUUAUAGAUUACGUGCUACUGUUAAAUCCUUACCUUACAAUAUUACUGUCUCAGAAUUGUAAUGCAUUACUUUCCUGUAUUGCUUUUGAGUUACUUUCACCAAAUAACUACAGUUAAAAAACUGCUGCGCUCCACGACACAGAUAUAUACCUGCCUAUAGUCCAGAUCUUUCAUAUAGAGAACAUUAGGAGCAUCAUUACAUGAAAAAUACGUCAAAGAUGACCACAAACUCUGGAAACCUAUAUCAGGCGAGAAUGAGACCAAAUUCCAACAUUAAAACUCCAGAAACUCAUAAAUCAUGCCCAGAUGCCUUCAAACUGUCUAAAAGGAGAGGAGAUGCUCUCCUGACUCAACUGUUCUGAGACCUGUAGCAGACAUUAGAUUUGAAAUUUUGUGCAUAAGAUUGUACAAUUUCUCACAUUAAACAUUCAUUAUGUUUUCUAUGUUCUAUUAUGAAUGAAUAAUUUCUCAUGUGAUUUGACAUUUUCGAAUUUUCACUAUAUUUAAAUGUAAAAAAUGUCCCAACAUAUCCGGAAUGCAUGUUGUAAAUGGUGUAAUUGUGCUGUCUGUGUGUGUGUGUGUGUGUGUGU